AUGGCCGCCAAGUCCCCAGUCGGACACUCCAAGACGUUUGACGUCAAAUCAUCCGGCAAAGCCAACGGCUCCGCCCACGGUAACGGUACUGCCAAAUCCGGUGCUGCCGAGGACUCGGGCGAAGACUCCAACGACGACGCAGAUGGACAUGUCGUCAUCGAAGCCACCGCUACUGCCGUAGCUGGCGGCGAGGGCGGCUCCAAGAAGAAGAAGAAGAACAAGAAGAAGUCCAAGAAGAAGAAGGCUCCCACUGCCCAGACCGACCCUCCGUCGGUCCCCAUUUCCAAACUUUUCCCCAACGACAACUACCCCAAGGGGGAAGAAGUCGAAUAUGUUGAUGAGAAUCGCUUCCGUACCACCAACGAAGAGAAGCGUCAUCUCGACAACAUCAACAGCGAUUUUCUGUCUGAUUAUCGCCAGGCGGCCGAGACCCAUCGUCAGGUCCGCCAGUGGGCCCAGAAAAACAUCAAACCGGGCCAGACCCUCAUUGAAAUCGCCAACAACAUCGAGGACAGCGUCCGUCGGCUCGUCGGACACGAUGGCCUGUCCGAGGGCGAUGCCCUUCUUGCCGGAAUGGGCUUCCCCACCGGCUUGAACCUCGAUGAUAUUGCUGCCCACUACAGCCCCAACGCGGGCGACAAGACUGUUCUUCGAGAGAACAAUGUCAUCAAGGUCGACAUCGGAGUCCACGUGAACGGUCGCAUCGUCGAUAGCGCCUUCACUAUGGCGUGGGACCCCAUGUACGACAACCUCCUCGCGGCCGUAAAGGACGCGACCAACACCGGUGUCCGUGAAGCGGGCAUUGAUGUUCGCCUUGGCGAAUUGGGCGGGUAUAUCCAGGAGACCAUGGAAAGCUAUGAAUGCGAGAUCAAUGGCGUCACCUACCCCAUCAAGCCCAUUCGCAACAUCGCCGGCCAUAACAUCAUGCCCUACAGCAUCCACGGCACCAAGAGUGUUCCAUCUGUAGCAACUAACGACGUUACGAAGAUGGAAGAAGGCGACGUCUUUGCCAUUGAGACCUUUGGCAGUACUGGCAAUGGCCGAUGCUACAACGAAGGUGACGUCUCGCAUUACGCCAUGCGCACCGAUGCUCCGAAGGUGGACUUGCGUCUGUCUUCUGCUAAAUCCCUCUUGACUGCCAUCAAGAAGAACUUUGGCACCAUUCCUUUCUGUCGACGCUACUUGGACCGAAUCGGACAGGAAAAAUAUCUCCUCGGUCUGAACAAUCUGGUCAAGUCCGGCAUUGUUGAAGAUUACCCGCCUCUGGUUGACAAGAAAGGGUCAUACUCAGCCCAAUUUGAGCAUACCAUCUUGCUCCGACCUACCGUAAAGGAGGUCAUUAGCCGUGGAGAGGACUACUAA